AUGCCAAUGGUUUCUCACACGCAAGGGGAUCCUGUUGGAUGGACUGAUUUGAGUGAUGAAUUUACUCCUAGAUCUUCACCUAAACAUUUAUCAAUUCACUUAAGGAGGAAACGUAAUGUCAGCAAACAGUUUGGAAAUUCACUUAGUCAAGGGUCAUUCCUUGACGGACAGGAUCACAUUCACACUAGAGGUAAAUCAUGUGAAUGUCCUUUCUGUGGGAAAGCCUUUAGUAAUUCCUCUAGCCUCAGACGACACAAGAUGAUUCAUACUGGAGAGAAACCAUAUAAAUGUCAUCUCUGUGGAAGUGGCUUUUUUCAAAGUUCUAACCUUAGAAAUCACAAGCGGAUCCACACUGGAGAGAAACCAUAUAAAUGUCAUGUGUGUGGGAAAGUCUUCAGUCAAAGUUCCUACCUGAAAGAACAUGAGAAAAUUCACACAGGAGAGAAGCCAUAUAAAUGCCAUCUAUGUGAGAAAAGUUUUAAUCAAAUCUCUUACCUUAGAAAACAUAAGAAAAUCCAUUCCAGAGAGAAGCACUAUGAAUGUCAUCAGUGUGGGAAAGCCUUUAGUCAGAGCUCUGGACUUAGUCAGCACAAGAGAAUCCACACUGGAGAGAAACCACACAUAUGUCUUCUGUGUGGGAAGGCCUUCAGUCACAGUUCUGAAUUGACUCGGCACAAAAGGACCCACACAGGAGAGAAACCCUAUAAAUGUCAGCAGUGUGGGAAUGCUUUCAGUCAAUUUACAAACCUGAGAAGACAUGAGAGAACCCACACUGGAGAGCAGCCCUAUGAAUGUCAGUGGUGUGGGAAAUGCUUCAGUCACGAAUCUUCCCUUAGACGACAUGAGGGAACUCAGCACUGGAGAGAAAGUCAGGAGGGCCCUCAGUAG